UUCUGUCAGUGGGAGGUUGUGAUGUUGGAUCGGUAUAGCAGAUUCUUGGGGUAAUCUGCGAAGUCCGCUUGAGGAUCUGGCAUAAGUGCUUUUUUGUGUACUCAUCCAGUACUCCAAUUCUGUUGAGCCUGUAGUGAUGUUCCCGUUGGUUUUGGUUAUUGGUAAUUUCCUUGUUGCGUCCAGUCAGAUUGUGGCUUCAUAGUUAACAACUGCUUUAAUGGUCUGCUUUGAUGGUCGGAAUUCCUCUGAAAAACCUACUGGUUGCCGUCUGCGAAGAGUGCGAAAUUGUGUGUCAAGUACUUAUCACUAUAUUAGAAGUUUCUGCUCGGACAUUUUGGAUUGUGGAAGAAAAUUCCAAAAUCAACUCAGUCUUGGGUUUCGAACACUGUGUGUAGGAUAAGAUUUGCGAAGUCUGCAGCUUGAAAUUAUCUCCUCUAUCAAGAAGUUGAGGAAUACAGGGCCAUGGGCCACAAAACUAUGGAGACUGGUAACGACCUAUUUCAGCCGCUGCAGAAAAGUAGACCUGGUGCAGUGGUCGGGACACAGUACUGCCUGCAGAGAGCGGAGCGGUUUACGAUGGAAAAUGCGAUUUUCAGCAAACAUUGGUCCAUUACGAAUGCGAACGGUCAAGAGGUUUUUCACGUACGUGGGAAGAAAAUCUAAUGGGGCCGAGCCAAGCGUGAGUUAGUGGAUCUGGAAGGGAAUACAAUUGUGCUCAUGGAGCAGAAGAUAUGGUCGUUUUCGGUCGUCUGGAGAGCGUUUGACUCUCGCACCAAGGAACGGCGACUCUGGACAUUAAAGAAGAAAUGUUCCUGGGGUAGAGGUCCAAAUCUGAAGAUAUUUCUUCCUCACAAUAGAGAGCAAAAGCACCCUGAUUACACUAUCAAAGGGAACUGGAUGUGCAAGAAGUGCACCAUCUUCUUUGGCGAGAACAAGGUAGCCGAGGUGGUACGAGACGUGUCUUUGAAGAAUGUCCUGAUAUCCAAGAGCAUAUUUCACGUGCUGGUGCAGCCGGGCGUGGACAUAGCCUUCAUCUUCUCAAUUGUUGUUAUCAUGGACAAGCUCUACGUCCACAAUUGCAAAAAUGGUGGUAGUGGUGGUCCGUAAUGGACUCGAAGCUGACAUCCAUCUCACUCAAUCUGUUUAAACAUCUAUCUGCAGAUAGAUUGAUAGAUACAUGAAAACAUGUAGAGCCAAGAAGCUCAUCAACCUCUGCGACAGACCUGAAGCUUACACCGAUGGUUAAACAAAGUAUUCAGUAGGAGUGCAUAUUAUGCAAAAUGCAGAUCAUUUGGGUGCAACCACUGUAAAUUUAAGAAUCUGUAUCGGCAAAAUCCAACUUAAAUUACACAUCUUGCCCCAUGAUCGCUGCUGUGGAUAAUAGUUGAAACUGCCCAGUGUAAAGUUAUUACAACACCUGCAGUUGAUGAAUGAUCAAUGGAGUCAACCUGGUAUCACAGAUAGAAAUUUGCUAGAUCCUAGUGGUGUGAUAUUACUGUGUUCUUGAUUUUUAAGUUCGGUUUGAGAUUAAUGAGUUACUAUUUUUGUUAACGACGAUUAACGCUGUGAUACUAUUUUUAAUAUAAAAAUCGAGAUUUUGAUAAGAA